GUUUGAUCACAGCAAAAGCAAGCUCUUUCUUAUUGGCGAUCGUGAUUCAAAAGUAUCACGCAAGACGAUGAAGUUGGUCGUGCAGCGAGUCACGAGCGGGUGCGUUCGCGUGGACGAGAAAGCAGUGGGCAGCAUCAGCAAAGGGUUAGUGUGUCUCGUAGGCAUCGGUCGCGAUGACACGGAGGACGAUGCCGAGUGGUGCUGCCGGCGGAUACUGAAUGCGAGACUGUGGCCAAAUGAAGAUGGGAAGCCUUGGAUGACGUCUGCGCUUCAGAACAACUUCCAGGUGCUACUCGUGAGCCAGUUUACCCUGCACGGGUACCUCGCCGGCAACAAGCCCGACUUCCACCUCGCAAUGUCCCCCGAGCCUGCAAAGGCCUUGUUCGACAACCUCGUGUCCCGAGUGCGCACAGCCCAUGCGAGUCCAGAACAGGUGCAGGAAGGCGUGUUUGGCGCGUACAUGGAGGUCUCCAUCGUCGGAGAUGGCCCCGUGACGCUCAAUCUGGAUUCGAAAGUGCGAAAGUAACCGUCACGGAAUAAGUGAGCGCUCAGUCGGCCACGGCACAUGCCAGUAUUUGUCAUACAUCAGCAGCUCUGGCAUGGUGGUAGAUUAACCUCCUAGGGCCCGCAUUAUUAUCACUAAAAAGUAAAGAAAUAAAUUGCUUUUCUCGUCA